CCCCUUCGCGAUUUGUCCCAGUUCCCGCCCCCUUUCUCUCACCCUCUCUGCUGUUCUCGACUGCGAUUGUCGACUCCGGUGCCCAUCUCGCCACCAUCUCGCCGCCUCGCCGACGCCGGUGAGCUUGUAUUUCAGCAAGUUGGUCUCCAUCCAUCUCUCUCGCGCUCUCGUCUUCGCAAAGCGGUUUCCGAUUGCCCAGUGCCGCCGUCAUCUGCAGAUCCCUAGAGCAAGUGGCCCAAGAAAUUCAGCUCGAAAUUCGAAACUCAGCUGCUUUUCAUCAAACUUAAGAAGGCACUUCACUACUCUUGGCAUAAACACAAUCAACUAUUCAUCACUCCACAACAAUCUUCAUGACAACCCCGUUGGACAAAAGCUGGAUGAACUUGACCAAUCGACUUCAUUCGCCUGCAUACACCGAGGGGGUUAACACUUUCCUCACCCUAGCACGAAACCAUUCCGGGGGAAGAGAACGCAUUCGGUGUCCAUGCCGUGAAUGUCGUAAUAUGGUCUUCUUGCCUAUAUUUGAAGUUGAGAGUCACUUGUUUAUUAAAGGGAUCAAUCCAAAUUAUACACAUUGGAUAUUUCAUGGGGAGGAGGAAACACGGAGUUUUAAUGACGAAGACGACGAUAAUGUUGCUGAUUAUGCUGACGAGUACAUCGAUGACAUGGAACAUAUGUUAGAUGACAUCCGGUCAGGCACAUUCAUUGAUGUUCCCCAAGAUGAUGCCAAUCCAUUGCCAACUAGUGGAUCAAUACCAGAUCCACCCCCAAGUUUAUCUUUUGACCAGCUACUAGAGGAUGCUCGACGUCCACUUUUUCCUGGCUGUACAAAUUUCUCAAAAUUAUCAUUUAUUGUGAAGUUGUUACACAUUAAGACACUCGGUGGGUGGUCAAUAAAGUCGUUUGAUAUGCUACUUAAUCUGUUGCGGUCUGCCUUCCCUGAUGCUGAAUUGCCACAGUCAUAUAAGGAGUCAAGGUCAUUGGAGCGGGGCCUGGGUUUCAACUACCACAAAAUUCAUGCAUGUCCCAAUGACUGCAUCUUGUUCUGGAAGGAAAAUGCUGAUCUUAAUGAAUGUCCUAUUUGUAAGGCUUCAAGGUGGGUGCCUAAUACUCACAAGGCACGUCUUAUCCCUCAAAAAGUGUUGCGGCAUUUUCCUCUGAAGCCUAGAUUGCAACGUCUCUUCAUGUCUGCAAAGAUAGCAGGUGAUAUGAGAUGGCAUAAAGAACAACGGCCGACUGAUGAGGCUAGUAUGAGACAUCCUGCAGACUCAGAGUCUUGGAAGAAAUUUGAUGAAGAACAUAGUUGGUUUGCUCAGGAUGCUCGCAAUGUAAGGCUUGGGAUGGCAAGUGACGGUUUCAAUCCAUUCAACAACAUGGCAAAACCGUAUAGCAUUUGGCCAGUAAUCCUAGUCCCGUAUAACUUGCCGCCGUGGUUAUGCAUGAAAGAUCAGUUCUUUAUGACAUCCCUCAUUAUUCUUGGGCCAAAAUCUGCAGGUAAUAACAUCGAUGUUUACUUGCAACCGUUAAUCGAUGAAUUGCUUGAGUUUUGGGAACAUGGGGUACCUACGUAUGAUGCCUCCACAAAGGAAACAUUCAUGUUGCAUGCUGCUUUAAUGUGGACAAUCAAUGACUUCCCUGCAUACAGGAAUCUUUCUGGGUGGUCAACAAAAGGGAAAUUGGCAUGUCCAUCUUGUAACGAGGGCACAGACUCCAAUUGGUUGAAGUAUGGUAGAAAACAUUGUUAUAUGGGACAUCGUCGUUUCUUACCGCCAGAUCAUGUGUGGAGGCGGAGAAAAUAUUUGUUUAAUGGUAAAGAAGAUCAUCGCAUACCACCAAGGGUUUUAGAAGGAGUUGAUAUUUUAUCUCAAUUACAAAUGAUAGGGGAUGUGCAAUUUGGAAAAUCUCGUCGAAAGAGAAAACGCACCGCUGAAGAGUUGAACUGGACAAAGUAUAGCAUUUUCUUCAAGCUACCGUAUUGGGUAACCCUGCGUCUUCGACAUAAUCUAGAUGUCAUGCAUAUUGAGAAGAAUAUUUCUGAUAACAUCUUGUGGACUUUAAUGAACAUUCCUGGUAAAUCUAAGGAUAAUAUCAAUUCUCGACGUGACUUGGAGAUUUUGGGCUUCAGAAAAGAACUACAUUUGAAGUAUGAAGGUGAACAUGUUAUAAUGCCACAUGCAGUGUACACAUUACACGGUGAUGAAAGGAAUAAAUUUUGUGAAUGGUUGGCUAAUGUGAAAUUUCCAGAUGGAUUCGCUUCCAAUAUCUCGCGCUGUGUUUCUAUACGUGAUUGCAAGAUCUCAGGAUUGAAAAGUCACAACUGUCAUGUUUUCAUGCAAAGACUACUCCCUAUUGCUGUUGGGGGGUACUUACGAACUGAUAUUGCCUUGGCAUUGACUGAAAUGAGCACUUUCUUCAAGGAGUUGUGUGCCCGAACCUUGGAUGUUAACCGUCUAUCCCAGCUCCAAACUGAUAUCGUCGCAAUUCUAUGCAAAUUGGAAAUGAUAUUUUCCCCUUCUUUUUUUGAUGUCAUGAUCCACCUAGCUGUCCACUUACCACGUGAGGCCAUACUUGGGGGUCCAGUACAAUACAGGUGGAUGUAUCCAUUUGAGAGGUAUCUGGGUAAGUUCAAGCGAUAUGUUAAGAAUAAGGCGCGCCCAGAAGGCUCAAUAGCUGAAGCCUACAUUCACAUCAAAUGUCUGACCUUUUGCUCAAUGUAUCUCGAAGAUAUUGAGACGAAGUUUACUCGAAUGGACCGCAACAUUGAUGGUGGAGAAGCGGAGAAUAUAGGAGGAUUUAAUAUUUUCAACUAGAAAGUUCGGCCCAUCGGCAUGGUUUCGAACUUGCAAUUAUCAAAUAAACUCCUUACAGAAGCCACUUGGUACGUCCUCAACAACUGCGAUGAGAUUGGACCCUACCUAAAGGAGCACUACGAGAAAUGUGUUGUGCAUAGUCCAAAUUGUACCGACCGAACACAUCAAACUAAGUUCCCAACUUGGUUCAAGAAACGUGUUCAAGAUCAGCAUAUCACCAACCCACUUGAUGUGACUGCUGAUCUGUAUGCGUUAGCUUGUGGUCCUGAACGUUAUGUCGCAUCGUAUGCUGCUUGCAUUAUAAAUGGCAAAAGAUUCCAUACAAAACAACGUGAACUUCGGCGGCGUACACAAAAUUCAGGGCUGUUGGUCAUUGGUGACGAAAGUACUAAUAAUGUGGACUUCUAUGGUGUUAUUAAUGAUAUCGUGGUAUUACACUACAUGGGGAAGCGUCGAGUGUACUUGUUCAUGUGUGAUUGGUUUGACGUGAGGGAUCCAAGACGUGGGGUACGAGUUGAUAACCAUAUGAUCAGUAUCAACAUGGACAGGACUUGGCAUAAGGAUGAACCAUUUGUGUUGGCAUGCCAGGCGUCGCAGUGUUUUUACAUCAGAGAUAUAAGGGCCCAAGGGAGAUGGUUUGUGGUGCAGAAGUACACGAAUAGGAAUGUAUACGACAUUCCACCGGUGCUGAGGAUGUUAGAAGCUAUUGAUGGCGAAUCAAGUGAUGACGAUGCCUAUCAAGAAGAUGAGCCAUCAUAUACAUAUGCACCAUUUUCAUGUGAUGCAUGUCCGGUGUCAACUCCACUAAAUAGGGAUGAUAUCGAACCUAUCCCCAUUGAUGCACUAGAAGUCACUGGUCCGGCUAGCGAAGACAUCAAUUCAUACAACUUCAUUGAUGAUGGCAUAGUUGCUUCUGGUUCAGGAGAUGCUUAUGCUGAUGGGGAAUAUUCAGAUGAGGAUGAAUUAGACACAGAUGAUGAGUCUGGUUCAGAAUAGACAACAAUCAGGUGGGGGUAAAAAGACUCGGUCUCGCAUUCAAUUGGGGGCCAGAUUGACGUGAAAUAGGAGCCCAUAACUGAGUCUCUCCAACUGGACCAUUACCAUCUUCAGUCUACUUUGCAAUGACGAGUAUCAAUGUUCAAGGUGCUGCAAGGGGAGAAAGUUCCCGAGGAAAAGGUGUUGGAAGAGGUAUUCGAGCUAGAAGAUUUGUCCCAUACUCAUGUAGAGCCCGUCGACCCCGAGGAGCUCGUAUCAGUUCAUACCAUAGCUAAAUUCAGAUGCGGAUAAGUCAGGCUCGGAUGACUCAACGCAGCCUCCUAGUCAUCCAUGGGAGCCCCCAUGUCCCAUUCCUCAGCCCCCACCCCAUGCCAAUAGAGAAUCCUCACCCAUAAGAGAACCUGAACCGAACAUAGAGGAUAUUGAUGUAGCCGCCCCCACAGUCCCUGCAGCCAACCAGGAACAACCCAAACGUAGGCGUGGGCCUGCUAAGUGCACUGAGUUUGAGAAGAUAAGAAAGUUUGGAAAAGUGUCGUUGAAGAUUAAUGACGGUGAGUCAGCGCCGUGUUGUCAGAAUGCAUCCAUGUUCACGACAGGGAUCACGCAAAUAGUUAAACAGUUCUGUGACAUUAGUUAUGCUAGAUGGACCGAUGUGCCACAAGCUCAAAAGGACGAGUUGAUUGAACGUG